AUGGAAUCCAAGCCCGUCGGGUCCUACCCGCCGUCUGGCCUCGACGUGAUCGUCGUGGGCACCGGUCUUGCAGGCCUGACUGCUUCCAUCGAGUUGAUCCGCAAGGGCCACAAUGUGCAGGUGCUCGAGCGCAACGCGUCUAUCAACACAGCCGGCGACAUGUACUUCAUGGGUCUGUCGGCCACCAAGUUCUUCAAGCACUGGCCGGAGAUGGCGGCCGAGUACGACGCCAUCUCGCUGCACGACGCUUGGAUCGAGACGUUCAAGCACUCGGGCGAGCAGAUGAUCGCGCCGCUCAAGGUGGCGGAGCGGCUCAAGGCACAGGGGCUCGAUCCCAAGACGCCGCCCGGCACGUUCCAGAUGCGGCCCCUGGUGUACAAGAUGUUCGUGCACCAGGUGGAGCAGCUCGGCGUCAAGGUGCAGUUCGGCAAGCGCGUCAUGGAGUACUGGGAGGACGAGAAGACGGGGCGGGCCGGCGUCGUGACCGACAAGGGCGAGCGGUUCGAGGCGCACGUCGUCGUCGCGGCCGACGGCGUGGGCAGCAAGAGCCAGAAGAUUGUCGGCGGCCAGGUCAAGGCCAUCUCGUCCGGCCGGGCCAUGUGGCGCGCGGCGUUCCCGAUCGAGCAUCUGGACAAGAACAAGGAGGUGAAGGAGUUCUUCAAGAUGAUUGACAGCAACGGGGACAAGCAGCCCAUUGUGAGGACGUGGUUGGGGCCUGGAACGUACGCCCUUACUUUGACCCGGCCAGACACCAUCAUCUGGAUCAUGAACCAUGACGUGACGGGCAGCGAGUCCGAGUCCUGGAACAACACGGUCGAGCCGGACGAGGUGCUCGAUGGCAUGGACAAGGUGCCCGGGGCGGACAAGUGGGCGCCCAUGUUCCGCGAGCUCGUGGCCCUCACGCCGUCCAAGACCAUCAUCAACUUCGAGCUGCUGUGGCGCAACCCGCAGCCGUCGUGGGUGUCGCCGCUGGCGCGGGUGGUGCAAAUCGGCGACGCGGCGCACAGCUUCCUGCCGGCGUCGGGCAACGGGGCGACGCAGGCCAUCGAGGACGCCAUCUCGCUGGCGGCGUGCCUGCGGCUGGGGGUGGACGCGGCGGUCGAGGGGCGUGGCCAGCGGCCGGUGGACGGCGUGCCCGACGCGGUGCGGGCGCAUGUGCGCAUGCGCUUCGUGCGCAACGCGUGCGCGCAGAAGCUGGGGUUCAGCAACGCCGAGCUGCUGCAGGACACGGACUGGAGCAAAGUCAAGCUCGACCCGCGCCGCGCCGCGCCAAAGCUCCCGGCCUGGGUCUGGAGCCACGACCCGGAGCUGUACGCGCACAGUCACUUCGACAAGGUCGUCGACGGCGUCAACAAGGGCGUGCCGCUGAGCGAGUACAUCGACGGCGUGCCGCCCAACUACCCGCCCGGCUACCACUACGAGCCGUGGCACAUUGAGGACGUCAUGGAGGACAUGCGGAAGGGCAGGCCGGUGGAGCUGGGUGCCGGCAACUGGGAUUAG